UGAGAAUUGAGGGCAUGAGAGAAUAAAGCAGUUUCUGUGUGUGGGAUGUUGAAUAGAGGUGUUGAGAUUGGGAACAACAAAUCAUACAGUUUCGCAGUAAUUCAAAGAAAAAGAAAACACAAAAUGGGGGUUCCUGCGAGCAGAGUUACACAAACUGUUAUUUGUGAGUGGAACCAUCAGAUAAGAAAAAUGUGAGCACAGAGGUGGCAGAAACAAAUGAGAUCAAAAGCAGGAAGCUCAGUGAAGCACUGUACUCACACAGAGGUGGUUUUGCUUUGUUCUUCUUUUGAUAUUUUUUGGAGCACACAGUUUUAUUCAGUUAAAGCCCCUACACUUAACUCUAUCUACACAUGCAGCGGGGAGAGCGGUGAAACUCUGGUACCUGGGAGUAAUAUUACUUUCUUUUGACUCAGCAACAUCAGCUUCAGAAAGUAAAGAAGUUCUUUGAGUGGAAGUCAUCAUUCUCUAAGAUUAAAAACAUGGAGAACGUGACUUCAGGCUAUGAUUACAUGUCAGAUUACCAAGAUGAAGGACUCUGCAAUCUCGACCCCAACCCCACGGAGGUCGUCGUCCAGACUUACAUUCACUCCAUCAUCUGUGCCUUCGGCCUGAUUGGCAACGCUCUCGUAAUCGUCACCUACAUAUUCUACAAGAGAACCAAGACGAUGACGGACGUGUACCUCUUCAACAUGGCUGUGGCAGACCUGAUCUUUGUGGUGGCCUUGCCGUUCAUCAUAUACAAUGAGCAGCAUAAUUGGUUAAUGGGUCCCGUGGCUUGCAAGAUCCUGCGGUCAGCCUACAGUAUCAACCUCUACAGUGGCAUGCUCCUGCUGGCGUGCAUUAGCUGUGAUCGUUACAUUGCUAUAGUUCAGGCGAGAAGAUCCUUCGGUGCUCGCUCGCGCGCUCUUAUCUACAGCCGCCUCAUCUGCUCCGCCGUUUGGGCGUUUGCAGUGGCUUUAACUCUGCCCACGCUCAUCUACACUGAGCGCUUUGAAGAGCAGAGUCUGGGGGCUGACACCGUCACCAUGAUAUGUCAGCUGUCUUUCAGCAGGAAUGAAACGGCAAAGCUGAUGAAGGUGCUGGUUCCCAGCCUUCAAAUGGCCAUUGGCUUUGUGCUGCCUCUGUCGGUGAUGGUGUUCAGCUAUUCCAGCAUCAUGUGCACCUUGCUGACAGCACAGAGCAGCCAGAGGCACAAGGCUGUGCGUGUGGUUUUGGCAGUUGUUGUAGUUUUCAUCGUGUGCCACCUUCCCUACAACGUGACUCUGCUGAUACACACCCUCUCGCUCUUUAAGGAGAGGAUAUGUGAGGCGGAGAAGAUUAAACUCCAAGUUCUGGCCAUUUCCAGGGGCGUAGCCUACCUCCACUGCUGUCUAAACCCCAUCCUCUAUGCCUUCAUCGGGGUGAAGUUCAGGAGCCACUUCCAGCAAAUAAUGUUGGACUUAUGGUGCUUUAGCAGAAAGUACAUCUACUCUGCUCGCUCCUCACGUGGAACUUCAGAUUUUUGCGUCUCAGGCGUGAAGCCUUCAGAUGGCUCCAACAACAUGUCAUCAUUCAGUGCAUGAUGCUGCAGCCUUUUAAAGGAGAUAAUUAGCGAUGCUAAUGCUUCAGGAGCUCCCAUCUUCCCAAGCUGUUACUUUGCUGUAGCUGUAUGUACUGUAAGCGGAGAUAAAAACAUCUGUACAAAAUGUGCUUAGAUAAAAGGAGAUGUUUUGUAUUUGAAAUUUACUGCAUCAUGAGAAAACAUUAUUUCAAUAUACAGUACAAUAUUGUAGGACAUAGGCAGAGAUUAAACAGUCUGUCACUUUCUAGCUAAAUGUAAUUUGUUUGAUGUAAAACAUCAACACAUAUGAUUAAAAGAAAAAAGAAGUAUUGCACUUCAGUAAAACUGAGGUGGUGCCACAGAAGAACAAAAAAGGAAAUAUGGUCACACUCUCUCCUUCCUAAGUUGAAGCGUUGAAUAAUGAACAGAAGUGUUUUUGCAGAACAUUAUGAUGUCACGGUGAAGUAGACCUUUGAACAUUUGGAUAUAAAAGGUCAUCACUUCAUUUUAUCAUUAUAGACAUUUCAGGUAAAUUUUUUCAUAAUUAGUCAAAAAAUCAAAGCAACAGAGGCAAAGACAUCCUGAUUUUUAGUCUGUAGUCUGGAUCAAAGUAAGAAAAUGCUGGAGCCUACAUUUCACAUAAUGCAACCAAUAGCACCUUAUUGUCAGAAAUGCACUGUCUACCAAACACCCAUGUCUUUCAAAAGCUUCCAGUUUGUAACACAGGCUUUCUAUUAAUAAUUUGUUAACCGAGCCCAAAAUGAUUUCGAUUUCGAUAUAUUCAGAUUAAAGUGACAUUUAUGUGUGCGGUCAGGAAUUCCCCGUAUAAAUAUGCAGAAAAACAAAACAAUUACUUGAAAAGCUGCUCAGUUACUGUGACUGUAACUUGAUCACAUGCACCUGUACAGCAGGAAGUGCACAGGUGUAACUAAUGACAAUAACGAUGGCUCCAUUUUAUUCAAGAGUCCCAGUAAAACAUAUCAGCGAGGCACAAUACCACGGGUUCUGUAACUGAACCACCUGGUAAAGAGCCAUUAUUUAUGUUACUGGUAACACCUGUGUUUUCAUCCUAUGACAAGUCCAAAGAGGGAAAAAACUAAAUAUAAUGGAACUUAAAUAUCAUCUUUAGAUCAUUAACCAUGGAAAAAAUGUAGUAGUGUAUUAUGACUCAAAAUAACACCCACACAUAAAAAACUCCCAUCCUACUAUCAGAUAGCAAUAUUGUUUCUCUUCAGAAAUUACAAUCCUCCAAGUAAUUUGAAGUCCUGUAUUUUGUUUGUUUGUUUUAAAUUCAGAUAACAUUUUUUCCUCCCUUUGCUGAGCAGGUUAUAGAUUCAAGCAAAUCCCAAUGUUAAGGUCCAUGUGUCUGCUAAUGACAUUAUUCUCUAUGUAAUUCAGAAAUCAAUGAUUGAUCUUUAUAUUAUUGAUCCAAUUAGAUCUAUUCUUGAAUUUUGAACAAGUUUCCUCACACAAAUAUCCAACCACAUGUAUUGAUGAUGCAUUAUCCUUAAUCAAAGCUGGUUUUGUUGCUUUUAUUUAUAUCUUUAACAAUAUAACCCGAGUGACUGAUGUAUGAUUGUGACGCAUUUGGUUAUUUCUCUCUUAUUCUCAUGUUACCAUGAUGAUAGCAUCCUGUUUGCUUCUAUUUUUAUGUAUAUGAUUUUGACUGAGUCUGCUUGUUUUUUUAGGUGCUGUAUAAGAGGCUAAAGUCCUCACAUUUUUGAUCUUACUAUACUGUCACUUUAAUUUCUACAAAUUAUCUAGAACCAUAUAUCUCAUUGUGUUAUGCUUUUAUAAAGUUUUGUCAUUUUGUAUUUUAUAAAUCUAAUUGUAUUCUUUUACUGUAUCCACUCAAUAAACAGUGUGUCUGA